AGAACACGUUUCCUAUCAUAUCCAUCCCACCUCAGCACGAGCAACUCUGCAAUGGCAACAGCAACAGCAACAGCAGCAGCAACUGCAACUGCAACAGCACCACCACCAACCACCACAACCACCGCCACCAACACCGACUCCCUCGUGUUCCGAACAACCCGCUUCGAAACCCCCAACGUCGUGCCGCGCCGCCGCCAAUAGAGUCGUGCAUACCCAGAUACAGUGCCUUAUAUUUAUAUACCUUGUGGAAAACACCGGUCGACCCAAUUUUAUUCACGAUCUUUGGUCUCUGGACUCUCCUGGCCGCACCGCGUGGCAAAUGAUCAUUUAUUCAUUUAUAAACGAGUUGUGAACAAGUAUAUUCGUCGUUAUAGUUGCUUUCGAAAGCUUCCACUACUGCCAACGUUGAGGAGUAACAACGGUAUACACGAAAGAUCGUAUGACUUUUUCAAUUUAUGGAUUCGUUUAAGCUCUGCCAGGGUGACUAAGAUUUAACGGAUACAUACCGUCAAGCUUCAAGUAUCGGGAAGGACUUUGAUACUGAAGUCGGGGAAUAGUUUUUUUACUCACGAGACGAGUGAAGUGCUCGAUGAAAUGAAACUUCCAUCGGGCAUUUAUCAAAUUACCCCCCCCCCCUCCCUUUGGUCGUGAUUAUCUUGUCUCUAUCGUUUUCAUUGAUGAAACUUCAACUUCAUCUUACUUUUCUAUUCCCGUUUAACGAAAUUCACGAAUCAUUCUCGUAUUCGAAUAAUAAAUAUUCCGAACGUAAACAUAUCUAAGCCUUGUCAGUACGAGCGAAAUUACAUUAUAUAUUCGCGUUAGUUUCCAACCUUGGAAUUCGUUUGCGUUGAGGCUGGUCAGGGUUGAAUUUUUUUAUUCAAUAUCUCACGGCCGGCAUGAAUCUAAAGUACCAUAUAAGAAGAGUGACUACCAUGCGCUGUAUCUAAUCUAAAGACAGAAGUAUUCACGGUACAUGAAUCGUGUGCAGUACAAACGAAAUGAAAAUUACCGAAGGUGUAUCAUGGCGAUUGUUUAUUGACACAGACGAUCUUCGCCGCCACGUGGGCGAUUACGUUCUAAACGAUUAGGUAUCUUUUUGUUUUUAGUUUAUUUACACUCUUUUCUCUCCUUACCCACGUGCCCGACAACGUCUGCACUCUCGCAUAGCCGCAGUGUGCGGGAAAAAACGCGGCAACACCGCAGCGACGCGAUGUCAGCGAACGUCCUUAUAUGGUUGAGGUUCUCAGUCGUACAGGACGUUUCAGAUUAAUGACAGGUCUGGUCACGUUUUAGGGAAAUAACUCUUCCUCGGUUGUCCGUAUAGUCUUAUUUGUAGAGCUAGUAAUUAAAAAGUAAAUUGCUUUUUUGUACAUAUACUGUAGUAUUUUCGUAUUGCAAAAUGGAAAGUUACAGCUGUUCACGGAUUACAGGUGGGCGAAAUGUUGAAGCUGGCGGUUCUAGGUCUAGUAAACGUAGGUGUUUUUCCGCAGAUAAUGGUAAUGUAGCCUCGAAGAGACCGCGUGUCGAUUUAAGUACCGUCAAUGACGAGGAAAUUAAAUUUGCCAAAAGUGUGGUUGGCAGAGAAGGAACGCCUGCGUUUAAUCAGUUCCUAGAGUAUUUGAUCAAAGAAGAAAGAUUGAAAGUGUUGAAAAGAGAGGGGAUAAAGAUAACCAUUGUGUCCAGUAUUUUGGAUAGAGCUAGAGGUAAUGCUACGAAAGCCUUUCGAGGUCUCUUUGAUCUCUGGUUUGACGAGAAAGGAAACAAAAAGCAAUAUUUGAAAAGCUUGGAAAAAGAAGGAAUAAAUCUAUCGAGUAUGUCUAGUAUGUUGAGUGGAGCGGGAAUCAAUGCUGGCACGGCUUUCAAAGAUUUGUACGAUCUCUGGUUUGACGAGGAAGGGAAUAAAAGACAAUAUUUGAAAACUCUGGAAAAAGAGAGAAUAAAUUUAUCUAAUAUGUCGAGUGUUUUGAGUAGAGCAGGAAUUAAUGCUGCAAGAGCUUUUAAAGAUUUGUAUGAUCUUUGGUUUGAUAAGGAAGGUAACAAAACGCAAUAUUUAAAAACUUUGGAGAAAGAAGGAAUAAAUCUAUCCAAUAUGUCCAGUGUGUUAAGCAGAGCGGGAGCUAAUUCUCCAAAGGCUUUUAAAGAUUUGUACGAUCUUUGGUUUGAUGCAAAAGGGAAUAAGACACAGUAUUUAAAAGCUCUGGAGAAUGAAGGAGUAAGUCUGUCCAAUAUGUCCAGUGUCUUGAACGGGGCAAGAAUUAAUGCUGCUAAGGCUUUUCGAGAUUUAUAUGAUCUUUGGUUUGAUGCGGAAGGGAACAAAACGCAGUAUCUAAAAAUUCUAGCGGAGAAAGAAAUAAGUUUAACUAAAUUAACCGGUAUUUUAAGUAAAGCAGGAGCCAAUGCCGCGAAAGCUUUCAAGGAUUUGUAUGAUCUUUGGUUCGAUGCGAAAGGGAAUAAAACGCGUUAUUUAGAAGCUCUGGAAAACGAGGGAAUCAAUUUAACCAAUAUGUCCAGCAUUUUGAAUGGCGCUGGAAGCAACGCUGCGAAAGCUUUUCAAGACUUGUAUGAUCUUUGGUUUGAUGUAGAAGGGAAUAAAACGCAAUGUUUAAAAAAUUUAGAAAAACAAGAAAUAGAUCUGGCUAAUGUGUCCAGUAUUUUGAACGGAGCCGGAACUAAUGCUGCAAAAGCUUUUAAAGACUUGCAUGAUAUUUGGUUUGAUGGAAAAGGGAACAAAAGACAAUAUUUAAAAACUUUGGAGGAAAACGAUAUAAGUUUAACUAAAGUGUCAGGUGUUAUAAGUAAAGCAGGAGCUAACGCUGCAAAAGCUUUUAAAGAUUUGUACAAUCUUUGGUUUGAUGCAGAAGGAAAUAAAUCGCAAUAUUUGAAAAAUCUAGAAAAAGAGGAAAUAAACCUAACCAAUAUGUCGAGUAUUUUGCACGGGGUAGGAACUAAUGCAGCGAAAGCUUUCAAAGAUUUGUAUAAUCUUUGGUUCGAUGUAGAUGGGAAUAAAACACAAUAUUUAAAAAAUCUAAAGAGGAAACAAGUAAAUCUCACCAACAUGUCCAACAUUUUGAGCGGAGCGGGAGGUAGUGCUGCAAAAGCAUUUAAAGACUUGUACGAUCUUUGGUUCGAUGUUGAAGGAAAUAAAACGCAAUACUUGAAAAAUCUGGAAAAAGAGGAAAUAAAUCUAAUCAAUGUGUCCAGUAUUUUGCACGGAGUAGGAGCUAAUGCUGCGAAAGCUUUCAAAGAUUUAUACAAUAUUUGGUUUGAUGCAGAAGGGAACACAACGCGAUAUUUAAAGAAUCUAGAACAAGAAGAAGUAAAGCCGUCCAACGUGUCCAGCAUUUUGAACGGGGCAGGAACUAAUGCUGCAAAGGCCUUCAAAGACUUAUAUGACCUUUGGUUCGACGCGAAAGGGAAUAAAACACAAUAUUUGAAAAGUUUGAAAGAAGGAAAGAUAAAUCUCAUUAACAUGUCCAGCAUGUUGUGCGGAGCAGGAGCUAAUGCGGCAAAAGCAUUCAAAGACUUGUAUCAUCUUUGGUUCGAUGCAGCGGGAAAUAAGACACAAUAUUUGAUAAACCUGGCAGAAGAAGGUAUAAAGUUGAAAAAAAUAUCGAAUUUUUUAAACGGAGCAGGAGCCAAUGCUGCGAAAGCAUUCAAAGACUUGUAUAAUCUUUGGUUCGAUGUGGAAGGGAAUAGAACAGAAUAUUUGAAAAAUCUAGAUAAAGAGGGUAUAAACCUUACCAACAUGUCUAGUGUAUUAGGCGGAGCAGGAGCUAAUGUCGUCAAAGCUUUUAAAGACUUGUAUGACGUUUGGUUUAAUGCGAAAGGUAAGAAAAAACAGCAUUUGAAGGAUUUUAUUGGGAGAAAAGAUGGGGAGAAAAGUUUCAGCAUACACAGCUUAUCCGGUAUGUUGAGUGGGGCAGGUGCUAAUGCCAAAGAUGCUUUUGAAAAAUUACACGGUGUUUGUUUUUAUGGUAAAGGAAAAAAAACACGACUUUUGGAUGAUUUUUAUAAUGCAGGUUUCGAGCCAAGUAACUUAUCCUCUGCGCUGUGUGGAGCAGGAGUUCGUGCUUCCUUUAUUUUAAAGAAAUUUCACGUUCUUUGUUUCGGUGAAGAAGGAGAAACAACACAAUUUUUAGAUGAUUUCAUUGAAAUAGGUUUCGCGCCGGGUGAUUUAUGUAGUAUGUUGAGUGGAGCAGUAAAUAGUUUGGUGAAAUUUCAUGAUUUUUGCUUUAUAGGAGAAACAAGAAAGUAUUUACAUCAUUUCGCAGAUCGGAAAGAAGGUUUCAGUCUUAAUCAUUUAGCCGAGAUAUUACACGGAGCAAAAGCUAAUAUUUGUUCCGCUUUAAGAGAUUUUUACUAUGUUUGCUUUGAUGAGACGGGAAACAAGACAGACAUUUUAAAUGAUUUUCAUAAGGUUGGUUUUCAGCCGAAUGAUUUGUCCAAAAUAUUAUGCAUGGCGGGAAAAAAUGCUUCUUCCAUUUUGACAAAUUUUCAUAAAUCUUGUUUCGGUAAAGAAAAUUAUUUAAAUCACUUCUUAGCCGAGAAAAAACUAUUCGAACCAAAAAACUUGGCCCAGAUAUUGGAUAGGAUAGGACUUAACGUUUGUAAUGCGUUUAAGAAAUUGCAUAACAUUUGUUUUGAUGAAGCAGGAAAGAAGACAAAGUAUUUGAAGAAUCUUAUAAAAAAUGAGAACCCUCCCAAUAAGGUGAUUGACAUAUUGUAUAAAAAAGUUAGAAAAGCUCCUUCUAAGUUUUUGGAUCACACAUCUCAAUAACAACAAAAUUUCAGUGUCGUAAAGAAGAAUAAUAUAAGAAAACAUAGGUGGCCUUGUAUUAUAGACAGGUCAACCGAUUCCAAAACAUAAAUUUCCUUCGAUCACUGUUCUUAUCGUAAGUAAUAAUUGUAUUAUUUAAAUUAUUGGUAGUACGCAUGCAUUACUUGAUUAGUAAACAUUCGUUUGAUGAUCGAAGAGACUAAGGCAAAUUCAAAUCAAAGAGCUCCGUCUUAAGCAUUUGUAGACACCUGUAAUGUGUUAUGGGUAAUACUUUGGAACCAUACACUUUAUAGUGUAAAGCCACUGUAGGAAUCGGAAGGUUUUUAUUUAUCAAAACGUAAUAUUAUGCAAAAAAACAAAAACACAUUGACACUAAAAAUAUUCACGUCACAAGGCUAAAUUUGGUAUUCACAACCGUUUAGUUUCAUAGCGAGAGUAAUUUUUGAGUGCAUUUAAGUUGGAGUGAAAUGGAUAUGAAUUGAAUCAAUGACGCAGCUAUGAAAGUUAACUCGUUAAGAAAGCAAAAAAAUUGCACAAACAAAUCUGCAAGUUCUGAUGCAGAUAGAAGAGCUGAAGCUUGUAUUUAAAUAUGCAGUUGACGAUUCAAAGAGAUUUGUUGCAGAUUCAAUUCAAAUGAGUUUUCAUUAUUUGAAAUAGUUUCUUAUAGUUAGGACCAGCAGUAAGCCUUUUAUUGAUAAUGCAAUUUAUGUGUACUUCAAUAUGUGUGGAAUAAAGAUUUCGUUGAAAGUAAUGAGAAUAUUUCUGAACAUCAGAAAGAAGAGACUCUUUGAAUAUCGUUAAAAGGUUAACUUUGAAAAAUAAAGUUACAUACCGAUAAUAGCUAAUAUUUCAAUAAAAUUAAUAACAAAAUCUAAAUUUAAUAAAUUGAAUGAGGAUCAAUACUCCAAUUGGAGGGUGGGGGUAUAGAGUGAAGGUAAGUGAAGUUAUAAACGUAACGAUACUUACUUUACAAAGUUGGCCAAUGGUCAAGGUCAGAGUUAAAGUACAUCAAAAAGCAUGUCCAUUUUUACAAUACCAAUAAAACACUUUGUCGCAUUUCUAAAUAGCGCGAGUUUUAAUGGCACUAUUGAGUAAAUUCUCGAAAAGAUUGAAACAAAAAUAAAUGAACUUGAUUAUCUGGCUCGCGUCCAUGUCAAUACUGAUAACGACAAACUUGAGAUAGAACCUGAUGAGAAAGAUGUAUGUAUAGCAUUAAAUUUUAAAGAUGUUUAAAUGCAAACAGAACAUGGUUCUGAUAAGUAUUUAGUAUUAAUAGCAACAAUAACAGAGUUUGGUUGUAGGAUCAUAAUUGAGCUCGUGUUUGCUCUGGAAUGUGAUGAACAAAAGAAAGUUGCAUCAACGCUAGGUGAUUUUAUCUGAGGAGCUUUUAUAAUAAUUCAAAUCAAUUUUCAAUUUACAUGGAGAAAAGGUGUUAAGUUGAGACAUACAUUAGGUACAGUCGCAGUCCGAUUUCGCUCCACCUUUUUUUAAACAGCACAAUACAUUUGUUUAUACAAGCAGGGAAAAAUCAUUACUCAGUAUCAGUGAAUUUUCUAACUUGCCCCAUGCGGUAUUUCAAUGGGAUUUGGUAAAUAGGGUGACCGUCCCGAAUCCCCCUGCGAUGAAAUCUCCUCGAUAAAAUCUCCAGCAAAAAAUUCCCCCGGAUAAGUUUCCCCAAAUAAAUAAAUAAAUAAGUAACUGUACGAACAUUAAUAAACGUGUGAUAAUAUUGAGGAUGGGGAAUUUUGUCAAGGGAGGAAAAGGAGGUUCCGGAUGGGAACUAUUUGGUAGUAGGUAUUAUAGAUUAUCCUCGACUUCAGUAAUAUUUUUUUACCGUUAUCGGAAGAGCGCCGU